GUAGGAUUUUCCAGUGAUCCAUCAGCCAUUUACAAUUAAGAUUAGAAGAGGAAUGGAACACGAUAUAAACGAGUUUUAAAAGUCUUUUCUGGAAGACAGUAUGAAGAUUGACAUCGCUCAUCAGUGUUGCUACAGUGCUGUAGGGAGUAAACAAUGUAGCCAGUAGCAUCCAUAGACCAAACUGUAUAAUUGGAUACAACUACUAAAGGAAUCAACAUGAGUCUAACAGAAGAAGAGUCAAAUUUCCUCAGAUUUUACUAUCUGAACUUAAAGAUUGCUACUAAGGCUGUCAGGAAAUAUUUUGAUUCUGUUCAUCCACAUUCUGGACUUGCAAAUGAACUUGCAAAUAGUUAUGUGACAUUGAAAGGACUUAGGUUCAUAACAAAACAACAACUGCAGACAUUGUAUCCAAGUCCUGCUAGUAUUGUUAAAUCAGAAGACUUUGACACAACACUAAUAGUAUCCCUUUUACGGAAUAUGACACCACAAGAAAGCCCCCCUGUUACUGGCUGGGAUAACUUACCACACCCAGGUGAUACCUGUACAGGAGCAGACCUCGCCAGAGUAAAAUGGUACCGGAACAAGUUGGCUCAUCAUGAUGUUGGACAAUUGUCUACUACAGAUUUCAGUCAGGACUGGAGUGAUUUAGAAUGUGCCAUUGGACGUCUUGGCGGCCAAUUACUGCUGAUGGAAGCACAGCAUGCACAGUAUAUGGUAUUAGACAAGUCACUUAUAGAUAUAUUGAACUCGAUUCAUAACCUUCAGAGGUCACAACAGGAGCAAACAAGCAUGAUAAAAAAAUCUGAAGAAACAAUGAAAGUGAUUGACGAAAAAACUAUUAUCACACAGGAAAGCCUGGAUGAUUUGACACUGCAGUUAUUUGGAUUGGAAUGCAAAUAUGACAUUAACAUUACAGAAAUUGCUGAACGUGUAACAAAACAAGAUGGACAUAUGGCAAAAUUCGAUGAACAGUUGGCAAAUCAUGGUGAACAGAUGGCAAGGCAAGAUGAAAGGAUUGCAACAUGUGUAAAAGACAUUGAUGAUAUCAAGAUGAAACCAUAUGAUAGUGAUGAUUCCUCAGAAGGAAGAAAACGUAAAAGACUGCAGGAUGAUACUAAAGCUCUCAUUGAGGAGGAUUUAAGAGAGGGUACAUUUGUUAUCACUCAGGCUAUAGAAGUUGGCUUAUUACUUCUCAAACAAAACGGAGUUUUGUUGAUAACUGGAUAUGCAGGUACCGGGAAAAGUCGGAUCAGUCGCCAUGUUCUUCAUAUGUAUUGUAAUGACGACAUAUCAUACAACUGUAUCAAACUGAAUACAUUGGGUGAAUGGGAAGAUAUGGUCAGUAGAGAAGAUAAUGUGGUGGUUUUACUUGACGAUAUUUUUGGUGAAACAAAUUGUAUUUAUAAUAAAGAAAAAGAUACACCAAUUCUAGACAAGGUUCAUGCAUAUGUAUGUAAAGGUAACAUUAAAGUUAUUAUAACCAUAAGAGAUACAGUAAAACGACAGUGUCGGGAGGUAUUUGACAGUCAUAGGUUAUUUAAGUUUGACUGUAUUGAUUUAAGUUCUGACAGAUUUAAACUUAACCGGUCAGAGAAAGCUGAUUUUCUAACAAAAUACAUGAAAAUUGUUCGUCAAGCUGACUUUGAAGUGGAAGCUGGAUUUGUCGACUGCAAUGGUCUUACCAUUUUAAAGUCAGAAGAAUUCUGGAAAAUAACAAAUGAGAGUCCCGUCAAAGGGUUUCCAUUAGCAAUUCAUCAGUUUGUAAAUAAUGCCAAAUAUUUUCAACUUGGAAGUAAAUUUUUUGACAGACCAACAGAGGCUAUGCUAGAAGAAAUGAAAGACAUUAGACGCAAGGGUGACGAUCAUUGGAAGUAUAUGAUUCAGUAUGCAGUUAUGGUGCACACAGCAAUAAAUGGAAAUUGUAUUGUCCCUGAUGAGAACUGGGAUAGAGGACAAGUAGAAAAAAUAAUUCUUGCAAUAUAUGAAAAGACUGUGAUACUUAAAAAAUGCAACAUACCAGACGCAGUCAUUGAACUUAAAGGAAGUUAUUUAGUGACUAAGCCAAAUGAAAGGUCAUACCGAUUCCACCAUCCAACACUACAGGAGAGUGUUAUUUUAUCUUUUGCUCAGAUCGAUGAAGGACAUAUCAAUAAUAUCAUACCUUUACUAAGCUGGUCGUUUUUCAAGAAAAUGGUCAAAUCAGAAGCAUACAUAGAAAAAGAGGGAGAAGUUAUAUUGAAAAUUCCACCAAAUAGUUACAAACUAUUGGCUAAUCGAUUAGUGGAUAUAUAUUUGUCAAAAAUUAGGAAUUCAUAUGGCUUGCUAAGUAAUGUUUAUUGUUUUCUUUGUGAAGUAGUUGAUACCGAAAUAUUUCAACAAAGUUUUCAUCUUCUAUUUUCUGAUUUACUAGAAGCUUUUGAAAAGGCAAACAAGAUAUAUGAAUAUAUCAAUCAUUUAGUCAAAUCUUUUGAAAAUAUGAGCAAAUUGGUGUUGAAAGGAGUCGAUAGAUGUGAUGAACAUAUGAUGAGCAAACCCGUUUUCCUCUUUAAUUUUCUUGUGGCAAUUGCCAACACAGAAGGACAGUUUACAAUGUAUAACUUUAUAUUAGAGAAGUGUAAGCAAGUACUCGAAAGAAGCAAUAAUUAUAUCACAACUAAUUAUAUGAAAGCUGUAUUGAUCACAUCUUUGUAUGAAAUAUGUUCAACUAAAGAUGUUAGAUGUGUAAAAGCAACGUUACAUUUAGUAAAGGAAAAACAAAUUACUGUUUUACAUGAUCACGGGUUUAAUCUUACCACACUAGGAUUACAACCGAGUAACAUGUAUACCGUUGUUCAUAGUUACAAUGAUGACAACUGUAUUUUUCUUAUGUUUUGUUUAUGGAAAGCAUAUGAAGCUUUUAACGAACCUGUACUGGAGUAUUUACUAUCAAUGUACAAUAAUAAACCAUUUGAUGUUAACUUGCUUUUAAAGACGUUUUAUAGUACGGAUUGGGUGGGAGGAUUAACAUCUGUAUCGUAUAAGCCACUAAAAUGGUUGAUGGAAAGAUUUGAAGUACUAGUCAAUACUGAGGUCAUUUUAAAAGCUGCAUGCCAAUGUCGUUUGUUUGAUACAGUUAAGGACCUUUCAUCUAGAUGUAAAACUUUUGAUGCUAUUUCAUGUCUAAAAAUAUUCUUAGGUGAAGAUAUUACCAAUCUUUAUUGCGAUAAAGACAUGUUUAAUUUUCUUUUUUCUAAAGUUGACAUCACCUCCCCUGAAAUUAAUUCUAUUGUUGUUGCAGUCUUACAAAAACAGUUCGUUCCUGAUUAUGUCUGUGAAGCCUUUCUGCCAGUUUGCAUAAAUAAUGAAUCGAUAUUGAAUUUAGCUUGCAAAGAAGCGCAUAGUUAUAUCACAAAACUAAUUUUGGAAAAUAGUCACAAUGUUAACAUUCAGUCGGCUCUUAUUUCAGUGUGUAUGUCUUUUGACUCAUACGAUGAGGUUGAGACGUUGGAAAUAGUCAAAUUUAUAAUUGGAAAAUACGGAUAUGAACAAUAUGAUUUGAAAGUUGUAUGUCAACAUGCAUACCAGACUAGAAAGUACAAUAUUAUAGAAUGGUUUGUUAUGAACAUUGAUUUGAAUCGGCUUGAUUUGCAUUGCAUUAUGGAUUCAACUUUAGUAUGUGAAAGAGCAGAACUAUUAGAAUGCAUCAUAAUUAAGACUGACUUAACAAGUUUAAAUGAAAUUGAAGUAUUAAGAUCUAUGACUGAACACUACACUGUUAAGUGUUCUACUCAAAUAUUGCAAAUAGUAAGCCUCGUCUGGGAUAGUACUGAUGAUAAGGCGGAAUUAAAAAUGAAGGAAAUAUUAGAUACGGCAUAUGUAAAAAGAUGUUAUGAGUUAAUAAUAUGGAUUCACGAAAACUGCAAAUCGUAUGUUUCUGUUGAUGCAAAGAAAGUUUUAUUGUCAGCAUGUAAAUAUGGCAAAAUUGAUGUAGCAAAGUGGAUAAUUUAUUCUUUUGAACAAACAUCUCUGGAUAUUGACGAAAGGGAAUUAUUUAUGUUAGCAUGUGGUAAGAUGUCAAAUCCUAAAUAUCAAGUUAGAAAGAUAGAAAUGGUCAAGUGGAUUAUUAAAACAAAUCUAAUAAAACCUUUACAUUCAAAAUAUUAG